AUGACCAGUUGUGGUCAGCAGCCCCUGGACGUGCUCACUGUCUUCUUCUCCUUGCUGUUCUCUGAAGUCCUGUCUGCACAUUUCCGGGUCUGCGAGCCGUACACUGACCACAAAGGCCACUACCACUUCGGCUUCCACUGCCCCCGGCUGUCGGACAACAAAACCUUCAUUCUCUGCUGUCAUCACAACAACACAGUCUUCAAAUAUUGCUGCAAUGAGACGGAGUUCCACGCGGUGAUGCAGGCCAACCUCACAGCCAGCUCCGAGGGCUAUGUGCACAACAACUACACCGCCCUGCUGGGAGUGUGGAUUUACGGCUUCUUCGUGUUGAUGCUGCUGCUUUUGGAUCUUUUGUAUUACUCAGCUAUGAACUACGACAUUUGCAAGGUUUACCUGGCGCGGUGGGGUAUCCACGGACGCUGGAUGAAACAGGACCCCCAGCGGUGGGGGAAUCCCGCCCGGGCCCCUCGGCCAGGUCAGCCGGCCACUCAGCCCCAGCCUCCUCCAGACCCCUUGCCGCAGGCCCCCCAGGCUGUGCACACGCUGCGGGAAGACCACCACAGCCCACAGCUAAUGACCUUCCAGAGCUCGUCUGCCUGGUAA